AUACUUGACUUGGGUGUUGUCCGGCUUGAUGAUUGUAACAACGCUAGCGUAAUGAUCAAACAGUUUUUUAUUAAAUGAUUUUCUGACUGUUACAUUACGUUCUUAUUAGAAGCAUAAAUUAAAUAGCUAUGAAAUUAUGAUGAGUGGUGUCGUGUAUUAUUUCUUUGUGUUGCUUUGCUAUAGCAUUACGAAAUCUGAUGCAGACUCGAUAAGAUACUAUUACGAUUACGAAUGUAAUCAGCCUCUUGUUGCGAACUCUAAGUUGACUGCUACAUCGAGCCUAAGAGACAGGGGACCUGAGAAUGCUAAGUUGUAUGGGACGUCGGCAUGGACGGCUCGGGAGAGCUCCUACUACCAGCACCUGACCAUACAGCUGGACAAGAGGAGAGAAAUGCGUGGCAUUGCCACCCGCGGCCGCUUCGCCACCGACGAGUACGUUACCGAGUAUAUGCUCCAGUACUCCGACGAUGGCGAGAGCUGGCGACCUAUCACCACCGACGAUGGGUUCACGAAGAUGUUCGAAGGUAACCAUGACGGGAAUACAGUGGAGAAAAAUGAAUUCGAAGUGCCUAUUAUAGCGCAGUUCAUUCGGAUCAACCCGAUGAGAUGGCGUGACAAGAUCUCCAUGAGAGUCGAAGUCUAUGGAUGCGAUUAUGUUGCGGAUACCCUAUACUUCAAUGGUUCCUCUAUGGUGAAAAUGGAUUUACUACGCGACCCAAUAUCGGCGUCCCGCGAGGUGAUCCGCUUCAGGUUCAAGACCAGUACAGCAUCAGGCGCGCUCAUGUACUCCAGAGGAACGCAAGGAGAUUACCUGGCACUCCAGCUCAGAGAUAACAGACUUGUGCUUAACAUUGAUUUAGGAUCUGGUACAGCAACAUCGCUAUCAGUGGGCAGUUUACUAGACGACAAUAUCUGGCACGACGUGGUGGUCUCCCGCAACCGACGCUCCGUCAUCUUCUCUGUGGACCGAGUCAUCGUACAGGACCGGAUCAAGGGAGAGUUCUCGCGACUCAACCUUAACAGAGCUUUCUACAUAGGAGGUGUGCCAAACUUCCAAGAGGGUUUGGUUGUGAACCAAAACUUCACUGGUUGUAUAGAGAACAUGUACCUGAACGCCACCAAUGUGAUACAAGACUUGAAGCUAGGCUACGAGUCCGGCGAGCCAUUCAAGUUCCAGAAAUUCAACACGCUUUACGCUUGUCCAGAGCCGCCAGUAGUGCCUAUAACGUUCCUGAAGGAGGGUUCGUACGCCAAGCUACGUGGUUACUCGGGCGGUAACACUCUCAACAUAUCUAUGGAGUUCCGAACGUAUGAACAGCAUGGACUAUUGAUCUAUCACAAGUUUAACACUGAGGGACACGUUAAAGUGUACAUAGAAGAAGGAAGAGUAAAAGUAGAAUUAGAAACUCCUGGCUCUCCUCGAGUGAAGCUGGAUAACUAUGCAGAAGAGUUCAAUGAUGGACGAUGGCAUUCACUGCUCUUGACAAUGGCUACUGAUAGCCUUGUUCUGGCUGUAGACUAUAGACCUGUCAAGACAUUGAAGAAACUUAGAUUUAUGACGGGCAGCACUUAUUAUAUCGCAGGUGGAAAAGCUCCCCCGCGCGGUUUCAUCGGGUGUAUGCGCAAGAUAGCAGUGGAUGGAAACUACCGCCUGCCCACCGACUGGAAGAAGGAGGAGUACUGCUGUCCUAACGAAGUGGUGUUCGAUGCUUGUCAGAUGAUUGACAGAUGCAACCCCAACCCCUGCGAGCACGGCGGGCUGUGUACUCAGACGGCGGACGAGUUCUCCUGUAACUGUCAGGGGACCGGGUACGCCGGGGCCGUCUGCCAUACUUCCACGCACCCCCUGUCGUGCCAGGCGUACAAGAACGUGCAGGCCGUGUCCCGCUCGGCCGACAUCCACAUCGACGUGGACGGCUCCGGACCUCUGCCGGCCUUCCCCGUCACUUGCGAGUUUUACUCGGACGGUCGUAUAAUAACUGCAGUGCAGCACUCGUCGUCCCAGAACACAGUAGUGGAUGGGUACCAGGAGCCUGGCAGCUUCCGGCAGGACAUCAUAUACGAUGCCUCGAUACGACAACUCGAGGCUCUGCUCAAUAGAUCCGAGAACUGCAUGCAACAUCUCGAGUAUAUGUGCAAACAUUCACGGCUGCUCAAUUCGCCAAGCGAGGAGUCGUCGUUCCACCCGUUCGCAUGGUGGGUGUCCCGCGCGGGGCAGCGCAUGGCCCACUGGGCGGGCGCGCCGCCCGGCUCGCGCAUGUGUCAGUGCGGCCUGCUGGGCUCCUGCAGCGACCCCACCAAGUGGUGCAACUGUGACGCCGAGCAUGGGAAGCCCGAUGAAUUCCAAGUGGACGGCGGAGAAAUUACAGAGAAAGAGUUCCUACCAGUAAAACAGGUUCGCUUCGGAGACACCGGGUCACAUCUAGACGAGAAGGAGGGACGAUAUACACUCGGACCUCUACUGUGCGAGGGAGACGAUUUGUUUAGUAACGCGGUAACAUUCCGUAUAUCUGACGCCAUCAUCACGUUGCCGAUGUUUGACCUCGGCCACAGUGGCGACAUCUACUUCGAGUUCAAGACCACCAGAGAGAAUGCAGUGCUUCUACAUUCAAAGGGUCCGCAAGACUACAUAAAGCUGUCCAUUAUCGGCGGAGACCAGCUACAGUUCCAGUUCCAAGUGGGCGACACUCCACUAGGCGUGUCAGUGGAGACUAGUAACCGAUUGGCUGAUAACAACUGGCACUCUGUCAGUAUUGAACGGAACAGGAAAGAGGCCCGCGUGGUGGUGGACGGCGCGCUGAAGAACGAGAUCCGCACGGCGCGCGAGCCGGCGCGCGCGCUGCAGCUGAGCACGGGGCUGGCGCUGGGCGCCGCGCUCGACCGCGCCGGCGGCUUCGUCGGCUGCAUGCGCGCCCUGCUGCUCAACGGGCGGCCCGUCGACCUGCGCCAGCACGCACGGAGGGGUCUAUACGGAGUAUCAGAAGGCUGUAUGGGUAAAUGUGCUUCGUCUCCAUGUCUAAACAACGGAACGUGUCUGGAAGGAUAUGACUCCUACUCCUGCGACUGUCGCUGGACUGCCUUCAAGGGACCUAUCUGUGCUGAUGAAAUCGGCGUGAACCUCCGGCCAAACUCAAUAAUAAAGUACGACUUCCUGGGCUCAUGGCGGUCUACUAUUGCGGAGAAGAUCCGCGUCGGCUUCACGACGACUAACCCUAAGGGAUUCCUACUCGGAUUCUAUUCCAAUAUCUCAGGAGAAUAUCUUACUCUACAAGUUUCUAACUCAGGUCAUCUCCGCGUGGUAUUUGACUUCGGAUUCGAGCGACAAGAGAUAAUAUUCCAAGGGAAACACUUCGCACUGGGACAGUAUCACGAUGUACGACUGUCCAGGAAGAAUAGUGGAGCUACUAUGGUGUUACAGGUUGACAACUACGAGACACAAGAAUACAACUUUAACAUCAAGGAGUCAGCAGACGCCCAGUUCAACAACAUCCAGUACAUGUACAUAGGACGGAACGAGUCCAUGAACGAAGGGUUCGUGGGCUGCGUCAGUCGAGUGGAGUUCGACGAUAUAUACCCACUCAAGUUACUGUUCCAACAGGACCCACCGCCUAAUGUACGCAGUUUGGGAGGAGGAGUACUGAGUGAGGACUUCUGUGGCGUAGAGCCAGUGACACAUCCACCCGAGGCAGUGGAGACAAGACCUCCGCCUGACCUGGACCUGCAACAUGAACUGGACCUGCAUAAUACUGACGAAGCUAUCCUCGGCACGGUUCUGGCGUUCAUAUUCCUGCUACUGAUCAUAGUCGCCAUCGUACUGGUGCGGGCACUCUCCAGACAUAAGGGCGAAUAUCUAACACAGGAGGAGCGUGGCGCGGAAGGAGCGUCGGACCCGGACGCGGCCGCGCUGGCCGCCGCCACCGGCCCGCGCGUCACCAAGCGCAGGGAGUUCUUCAUAUAGGACAUACUGACACAGACAUACUAGCUCAGCUCUACAGAGUAUACUACCUUGCAGAGACCUUACACGCGGUAAUUCAGGCCAUGAAAGUGGAUACGGUUUUAGCAUUCAAGUGUAAAAUAAUGUUUACACUUUACACAUAGAAUCUGACAAGACACGAGUUGACUUGUAUAAACAUCUUACAAAAAUCUUGAAUUUCCAAAGUAUUUCAGUUUCAUGGCCUAAAUCAAGACAUUGUAAGGUUUACUCUGUUUGGCUUGGAUACAUACUGACAUAACAGACGGCAAUCCAUUAAAAUAUAAAUACAUUGCUUCCAUCAAAUUCUAAGGCAUAUGAAACAUAAUUAUAUCUUUGCAAAUGCCUUUACAUAAAUGUAUUUUGCUACGUAUAUGACAUAAAAGAGUAUAUCCAAGUAUAUAUCCUGUUUCGCAAAUCAAAAUGCACGUUUAAACUGAAAACUAGUACAAGAUAAUGUUGUAAGGACAAUAUUCGAGUAUUACAUUGUCAUUAUAUGACUAAAAAUUAGAAUAAAAUUAUUCCAUAACUGUUGAUUAACUAAAAUGUACCUUUUCAUAUCGUAAUAAAGCGUCUUUUAUCAGUUGUACGUAAACGCAACCACAAACGUUACGUUAGGUAUCACAAAAUGCAAUCUACAUGAUUAUAUUCCCCCUGUUUAUUUAUAUGGUAGGUCGCAGCGUUAGAAUUUAUCCCAUUUAAAGUAAUCAUAUGUUAAAUUCUAAAGUAUUUCUCCCAAUAAGUGCCAUCUGGCUACUUGCUUACUGUUUAGGCUUCAAGCUACUUAUAUCAAUGAAUCUCUUACUCUCUCUCAAUUUAGUUCAAAGACUGGAUCAUUUUCUAUUUGUAUACUUGCCUUUUCUUGAUAUUAAACAUGAAUCUCUAUGCUAGAAUAGUCCCUUAAAAGAUUAUUUAGUAAAAUGCAUUGCCUUUUAUUAAACGCAUUUGCCGAAUUAUUAUAAGUCUUUCUCUUGUUACUAUAUCAAAUUCAUGGUCCAUAUUGUAAUUGUAAUGAAAUAUAAAACCAAAAUAUACUCGUAUAUAUUUCACACAACAUUAGAAUAAAAUUGAGUCUAUUAUAGUUCACGCAAUAAGGUCGUAAUUGCUUUAACACGAGAAAUAUACGAUAAUACAAAUUAGUGUAAGACUUAUAAUUAGGUUCUUUAUAGUUUUUAUAAUGAACAUUUGAUUAUAUCGACAUAGAAGUUUAUUUCCUUUAGACUGCUUACUCAUAAGCGAAUAGAAUUAUUGUUAGUUUAAGACAAAAUACAUUGGCAACCAUUUUUUUUAUUUUGUUCCGUCCAAAAUGUUCAUUUGCUACUUAAUGUUGAUUUGAUAAAUUUUCUAUUUGGCGUGAUUUAUUUUUGUUUUGAUUAGAACGAAUGAUAGGUAAGAAAAUGAUUAAAUUGUAUGGUAUUGAGAUUAUUGCAUAAUUGGCACAAAGUAAAAAAUAUUUUCAAAUCAUUCGUUUUAAUCAAAAUACAGACAAAAUCUUAAUGAAUUAUGUUAACUUGUAAAAGUUACGGUGUGUAUAAUUAUUAUCAAUUAUGUACUUUAUUUUGUAUACAAUAUGAUAUUUAUUUGAAUAUUUUAUAUGAUUUGUGUAUUUAGUAUAAGUUUGAUAUCUCCAAUAGUAAGCUCGUUUACAAAGUUCCGAAUAGUAAUAGAAAAUAUGAAUUAGUGUCAUUGCUUUAUCAUCGUUAAACAAGUUUUGGAAAUUAUGGGACGAGCCUUCGACGUCUGAGUCCAUGACCAAAUUCUUCUAUUGUUUCUAUAACGUGUCAAGCCGAAUCCCCUAAGGCCCGCAACGUACUUAUAACUCGAGUGUUGCGGGUGUCCAUCGGCGGCACAGAUUGCCUACCGUUUGCUGCCUUAUCCCAUAAAAAACAAGUGCUAAAAUCCCAUAUUUCAUUUGAUAUCCUUAAAAAGCCAAUGUCCUUAACGUCAAGAAUCUAAAAUGAUGUUAAACUGAUAACAUCUCCUUUUGCGUAUGUAUUAUUUUUCAAGAUUCCAUGUUAUUGAUGUUCAGAAGGGAUAGUGUCGGACUUCAGAUGUCGAGGACUACGUCUACUUAGAUAGCGUGUGCUUUGAAAAUGUAAUGAAAGAAACUGAGACUAAGUAUUAAUCUUGUUACUUAUACAUAUGCUUUAAACUUUAACAGCCUUCUAAAGAAUACAAUGUUCUAAAAGUUCAUACAAAAGCUCUCCAUGUAUAUUUGACACGAUUACUUCUUUAGUCUUAUGACGAAUAUCACUUGAUUGGACUUGACAGUUAAAGGAAGAAUUUGAACUUUAUCACGGUGCCAUAAGUGUCAAUUGUUAUAUCAAAGUAGCACAGAUUUAAAGCAACUGAAUUUGAACUCUGUGUAGAUGUUUUAAAGUUGAUAAUUGUGCUGAUUCCUGUCAAGUGGUAUUGUCGCGGUAUCGUAAGGUGUUUGUGCCUUAACUAUUCCGAAGCGGGCACAUAGGGACAUACAUAGUGACUCACUGAUGUUGUAGCGUGUUGAUAGUAGAGUUUUUAUUUUACUACUUCGAAUAUCACGAAUAAAUUUUCCACAAAUACAUUA